CAUUUGCUGUGAAAAUAAUGAUAAUAACAAAAAUAUUAGAUUGACUUAUGGUUCCAAUUUGUUGAAUGUUUUAUUGUUAAUUUCUUGUUAUUUAAUUUAUUUACAUUUGUAAGAUUGUUUUUAUCAUGGAUUAUAUCAAAAAAGCUAAGAUUGAUGGUGUCCGUAAAUUGGAUCGCUUUAGCUCUCAAAACUCUGGAAGUAGUCGGUAUGGCGCUGGUGCCAGAGGUGUUCUAGGAACCCUUUUUUUAACCCCAACUCAUCUUAUUUUUACCGAUACUGACGGUAAGCGUGAUAGCUGGAUCCUUCAUUCCCAUCUUGGUACCAUAGAAAAAUUAGCUACAUGUACUGGAGGAACCCCGCUUCACUUGCGUUGCAAAAAUUUUCGUUGUGUUACCUUUGUUAUUCCCAAGGAAAAAGAUGCUCAUGAUAUUUAUGUUAGCCUAAUUCAAAUUUCCCAACCGACCAGUAUCAAUGAUUUAUUUUGUUUCCAGUAUUCGGCUUUCAAUGAAGAUUUGGGCCAUGAUAAAUCUAUUGCAUGGAAUAAAUUUGAUAUCAGAAAAGAAUAUAUGCGAAUGGGACUUCCCAAUGAAGAUUGGUCCAUAACAGAUAUUAAUGUUGACUAUUCUCUAUGUGAUACUUAUCCACGUUAUUUGGUUGUGCCAUGCAAUGAAAAUGAGCAAACUUUACGAGAAAGUGCCACUUUUCGUAGUAAAUCUCGAAUACCUGUUUUAACUUAUCGCCAUAAUAAUGGAGCUAGCAUAUGCCGUAGUAGCCAACCCUUACCUGGUUUAUAUAACACAAGGUGUUCUGCCGAUGAGAGACUUCUCCGGUCAAUUCUUGGUGCCAAUCAAGGUUCAAAAUGUUUAUACGUUGUUGAUACACGCCCAAUGAUAAAUGCUAUGGCUAAUAAAGCUGCCGGAAAAGGUUACGAGGAUAAAACUUAUUAUGGAAAUAUUAAACACCAUUUUUAUGCAAUAGAAAAUAUUCAUGUUAUGAGAUCGAGCUUACAAAAAUUAAUGGAUGCCUGUGAACUUAAAGUUCCGUCAGUUAAUGCCUUUCUUAGUGCCCUAGAAGCUAGUGGCUGGUUAAAACAUAUCAAAUCAGUUUUGGAUGCCGCUUUAUUCAUUGCAAUUUCAGUUCGUGAUGGUAUUUCUGUGAUGGUUCAUUGUUCUGAUGGUUGGGAUCGUACUGCACAAACUUGCUCACUUGCUUCUUUAAUACUUGACCCUUACUAUCGAACAAUUGACGGUUUUGAAGCUCUCAUUGAAAAAGAAUGGUUAGCCUUUGGACAUAAAUUUACCCAGCGUUGUGGUUUUAUCCAGCAAUCUGACCCUAAACAAAUAGCUCCUGUUUUCACUCAAUUUAUUGACUGUGUUUGGCAGAUAACUCAACAAUUCCCUUUUGAAUUUGAAUUUAACGAGAAAUUCUUGCAAACACUACAUGAUCAUGUUUACUCUUGUCAAUUUGGAACCUUCAUUGGUAAUUGUGAUAAAGAACGAUCUGAAUGGAUGCUCAAAGAAAAUACCUUUUCUUUAUGGGCAUUGUUUGAUGCUGAUAAAGUAGAAUAUGUUAAUCCACUUUAUUAUAGACGUCAAAAAGCCAAAAAUUUAUUAGAUUUCCUUGAUGUCAACACUUGUCCACAAGUAAUUCGUUUUUGGAGAUCCAUGUAUAACCGAUUCGAUGUUGGAAUACACCCUCGAGAAUCAAAUGAAGAUCUCAUUACUGUUACAUACAAGCAUAUCCAGAGUUUAGAGGAGCAUAUUCGGUUUCUACAAGAGAAUAUUAAAGCACAGGAGGAAAAAAUGAAAGCAACUGCACCAACAACUCGACAAAACUCAUCAGAUUUAUUUCAAGGCAAUGGGGAUGAUGAGCUUAAUAAAUUAUCAUAUCUUGGUGACUCUUUUGAUUCAGUGGAUUCACCCUUACGAAUUGUGCAAGAAUGCAUGAUGAGACUUCAAGCUCAUCAUGAUGCUCGUUUAGCAGCUGAAAAAGAAGCCGCCGAACAAGAUGGUUCCGAUGAAACGUCCAGUUCAUCCUUAGAUAAGGAAGAAUACAAUUCUACGGAAAAUAUUUCACCAGUUGAAAAACAAUCUCAUGAGAACACCAAAGAGGAAACCAAUGAAGAAGAAGAUUAUGUUAAGCAAAUAGUCUCUUGUAUGGAAUCAGUUGCUCUCGAUUGGCAAUCACUUCGCAAUUCGAAAGAAUGUCAUACCUGUUCUUAUGAUUUCGCCGAGUCUAAUGUUCGAUUUCAUUGUUGGGCCUGUGGCUUGAUUUUUUGUAUCCGUUGCAUCAAGAAGAAGAUGGUUUUGCCUGGUCAUCGAUUAAAUGAAAAUGAACCAACCUCAACAACAACGACUCAACAAGAAAACUCAGUAGCCUACGAAAUAACAAAACUACCAGAACAAUCAAUUAAAAAGCAAUCUGACAAAGAAUCAAGUGAUGCCUUUAAUGACCCAUUAGGAGUAAAUCCAUCAUCUGGAAAUUCAAAUGCAAAAAAGAUCUCAGAUAAUGAGAAAGUCGCAAUCAACGAAUCCAUCAAAAUGGAGGGGAGAAAAGUUCCCGUUUGUUUGAAUUGUUUUAAAAACAUCACCGGAAAUCAUUCCAUGGAUUACAAUAAUUGAUAUCAUUCUACAAGAUAUUAUUAUUGUCUCUCCAAUUCUCCUUAUUAUUGCAUAUUGAUUUACUGUCUUUAUCAUUAUCAUUAUUAUUAUUUUAUUUAAUUGAAUACUCUUAUAUAUAUUAUAUAUUAUUCAUACCUUUAA